AUGGCCGCCAAAGGAGACAAGAUCGAAAAGAUCAUUGCCCGGCUGCAGGCCCGCAUCGGCGAGGGCCAGUUCUACGAGGCCCAGCAGCAGACGCGCGUGGUCGCCGCCCGCUACAUCAAGGCCGCCAACUGGCCCGCCGCCACCGACAUCCUCUACAAUGUCGCUCAGUCCCUGCUCAAGGCCGGUCAGGGCGGCAGUGGCGGCGACCUUGCCGUCAUGCUCGUCGACGUCUUCCGCCAGGCCGAGCUCAAGCCCGACGCUGCCAGCAAGGGCAAGCUGCUCACCUGCCUGCGCCUCUUCCCUGCCCAGGAGCCCACGAGAAAAAAGUUUGUCGGCGAGAUGAUUGCAUGGUCUGCCAAGUUCGGCGACUACCCCGCCGGCGACGCCGAGCUGCACCACGUCGCCGGUUCUCUCUACGCCGAGGAGCACGAUGCCUAUGAGGCCGAAAGACAUCUGGUGCUAGGAACCAAGGACUCAGCCGAGGUGCUUGCCAAGAUGGAAUAUGUCUGGUACAAGGAAGACGAGUCGCAUACGGCUCCGCUCUACGCCGCCCGCGCCAUCCUCCCCUACCUCCUCAUCGGCAACGUUCGUGCCGCUAACACGUGCUACCGCCUCUUCGCAUCCUCCCUCAGCGACGACAAUAAGGGUCUCGGCGUCCAGGACGUCAGCAGCAACAGCGCGGACCUCCGCAUCUUUCCCGGUCUGCCCCUCCUCAACUUCCUCGGCCUUUUGCUAUUGGCGGUGCAGCGUGGCGCCCCCGACGCAUACAAGCAGCUCCUCGCCAAAUACUCGUCCAAUAUCGCCGAGGUCGGCGCGUGGAACGAGGCGCUCGAGAUUAUUGCCGAGAUGUACUUUGGCAUUCAGCGCCCGAGACAGAGCAACCCGCUGAUGGACAUGAUGGGCAGCCUGUUUGGCGGUGCCGGUGGCGGCGGCGCACCCCAGCAGAGACGCCCCGCCCCGAGACGGGUGGAGGCGCCCACGGCUGAAGGGCUGGACUAG